UGUGCAUAGGUUAUGUUUUGUUUGUUACGGAAAAUAAAAGAAAUUACUUAAAUACUAUUAAAUACAUCCUCAGAUAAAGUCAAAACUUUAUCUGUUUGCUUUACUAGUUUCUUCUGAGAAAACACAAUGGGAGACGAAGAUGUUAUCCGAAGACGUCUUUUGAUUGAUGGCGAUGGUACUGGAGACGAUAGAAGACUGAACGUGUUAUUAAAAACGCUAAUAAAAUGGUGUAACAACACCGAUGAUAAACCGGAGGAGAGUAAAGCGACACACGAUCGCAUGCUAGCGCAACUAGCGCAAUGUGAAUUUGCUGUCACCAAAUCCCAGCUUGGUUCAGAAAUGAUGAACGCUGAGCUAGCCAGCUACGAAUCCUUGUCGAAAAUACUUGAAAACGGCAUAGAAAUAGCUAAAACAAACAUAGAGAAGAGCAAAGCUGAUCUACUUCAAGCCAAAACUGUUCGGAAAAACAGAAUCGAGUAUGAUGUGCUGGCUAAGGUAAUAAGUGAACAGCCAGACAGAAAAGAAACACUUGAACGGCUCGGGACUUUGAAAACAGAACUGGCCGGUUUGGAAACAACAAAGCAGCAACUGGAAAGCAGGUUGGCUUUAAGAAAAAAGCAAUUCCAUGUGCUGGUUACUUCCAUUCAUCAGUUGCAGGCACUUUUGGAUGAACCUGAUGAUACUGAGUCAAUUUCGGAUAUUGAGAUGAAAGAUAUAAGUAAUGAAUCUUAGCAAUAUAUGUUUGCCAUGUUGGCAAUAUUGUCAGCACAAAACUUUUUAACUAUUACUUAAACCUGAACUAUUUUUUAAUGAAGUAUCUUAAUGCAUAGAAGGUAAGAUUUUGAAGCAUUUUUGUUACAAGUUCAGUGUAUUAAAAUAAAAAAAAGAAAGAUUAUCAUACCAACAAUUUUGAUGACUUAAUAAUGUCUGUAUCUCCUCGGAAUAACAUAUUUUUAUUUGUGAAGCCUAGGUAUGUAAGGUUUUUUUUAUAUAAUAAAAGUUAAAAAAUCAUAAAA